AUGAAAGCAACUUAUGAGGAAGAUGCCGCUGUUAAACACUGGAAUUACCAGUUCAGGUGUUUUCGGAGAUCUGAGGAUAUGGCUCCUGUCCCAGGGCGACCCAGUCUGCCACUGAUGCGGAGACAACAUCCAUCAAGUGGAGACUGCCAUUUUGGAAGAGAGCCGUAUUACUGUUCCUCAAAUAGCGUUAUUGUUGGGUCUGUGAUUAAGAUCAUCCAUGACCAUCUGCAUAUGCAAAAAUUGUCUGUUCGAUGGGCUCAAAGGCUGCUCACACCUUUCCAGAAGCAGGAACGACUCCAUUGUUCCGAGGCUCUUUUAGCCAGUACCAAGAAAACCAGAAGGACUUUUUUGACAGACUAA